GGGKAUCAGAAGAAGAGAUCGCGAAAGAAAUCAAAGAAAGAAAGAAAAAGGAGCCACAACGCUUAACGGAAGAGAGAAUAGCAGGGAUGGACAUCGGAGACGGAAAUCUAACCCCACAGGAGCGAGGACGUGUGAUAGAAAUUCUGAAGACAUGUGAUAAGGCAAUAGCUUUCAGCGACGCGGAGCGCGGUAAGAUUGACCCUCGAUACGCUAAGCCAGCAAGAAUUUACACAAUACCACAUGUUCCCUGGAACGACGCGGGAUGGAAGUACGCCCAGCAGAAGAAGGAAAAAGUUAUCGCUUUCCUGAAAGAAAAGAUGGUUUCCCACGUUGCGGAGCCGUCUGAUAGCGCUUAUGCAAAUCGAUGGUUCUUCCUACGAAAGCCGAAUGGCAAGAUCCGAUGGAUCCAGGACCUUCAGAAGGUCAACGCGGUGACGAUACGAGACGUGGACUCCGUGCCACACGCUGAUCUACUUGCAGAAGGUGCAGCAGUGGGUGGUUUGYUGUCUCAGAAGGACGCUGGAGGGAAGGAAAGACCGUUAAGAUUUGAGAGUAGGACACUUAAUACGGCUGAGCGUAACUACAGUCAAUUAAAGAAGGAAGUGUUAGCUGUUCUCCGGUGUCUAGACACGUUCAGACACUGUAUCUAUGGGCGACGGUUCAUCUUGAGAGUAGACCCCACCGCGGUUGCCUCUGUCCUCCAGAAGGACUUUAGUCUGACGGACCCGACCAUCGCCCGAUGGUUAAUACGGAUUCGGCUAUACGAUUACACGGUUGAGAGAAUAUCUGGUACUAAAAAUGCCGUGGCAGAUGGACUUUCACGCAUCCCUCUCGAGCGUCCGAUAGUAGCUGGGGCUCUGACAAUGACAGAGCCGAGACGCGCCGAGAGAUUUCUAGUUAAUCUUUACGAGGGCAAGUACCGAAUGAUCGGACUACACCUGACGGGAGAGGAGAGUCAAGAUUCAGAUAUCCGGAGGCAAGCAGCCCAGUACUACCUUAGAGCGGGCCACCUUUUUCGAAGGCCAGUAGGGUCGGGAAUGCCCUUACGAGUAGUCUGUGAUCCUGAGGAGAGACAAACGAUAGUUGCUGAACUUCACGACGGGGUAGUCGGAGGACACAGGGGAGUUAAAGGAACCUACGAAAAGAUACGCUGGCUCUACUGGUGGGAAGGACAGUAUAAGGACGUCGAGAGGUACAAUAUGACAUGCAAAGAGUGUCAGAAGAGAGCUCUUGUGAAAUACAAAGAGCCACUUCAUCCAUCCUAUCCGACCAGACCAGGAGAGAAGGUACACAUCGAUCUAGUGAAAAUGCCGAGAGGCGUAGGCAAUAUGAACUUCGUCGUGAACAUACGAGACGAUUUCACUGGAUUCGUGGAUGGUAGACCUAUCAGGAGUAUGGCGGCAAAGGAAGUAAAGAACUUUGUCCUAGAGUACUUAUCUAGGUAUGGUUGUGAAAGCAAGAUAGUGAUGGACAGAGGGGCGGAAUUCCUAGCCGACGAGCUCCACCACGUCAGCGAACACAAGCAUCACGAGUACUUAUACUCCCGGUCGGGGGGCGCGUGCCUAGCAUGGUUGGACAAUCUCUUGUCCAAGUACGGAGUGGUAGUUGCCGACUUGCACACCAAGAUCAACUGGGAUGAUCUAAGGGCGGCGUGGCAUAAGCGGUUCCAAGUAGAGCCGUUGGAUAUCAAGGCAAUGGACAAGCUAAUGACCUUCGAACAAGGCACACUGCCGAGUGUUGACUGGAUUGCCGAGUACCAACGCUUGACAUCCGUCCGAGACAUGCAAAUGGGCUUCAAGGCCGUUAAACACUACUUCAUCUCGAGGUCGUGUCCGGCGUUGGGCAACGCCUUGACUCAUGUCGAGGACACCCUGACGACAACGGCGGAGCUCUUCGACAAGGCCGUGCAGAUCAUUGUCACGAACAAGGAGGCCAAGAACCUCCACCGUUCGUCUGCGGCAGGCCUGAGCAAAGAUCAGCAUCGACCGAAAGUGGUCGUGGUCGCAGCGGCAAUGCCAAUCGACCAACCUAGCGAGGCCGUGUCUGCCAAUGAAGGGGACAAACUCGCAGCCGCCCAGGAUGGUGGCCGCCCCGACAAAGGCCGAGGUUGGGGCAAGACGAAGACAAACACUGCAUCUAUCCCCGGACCUGGUGCAACAGCUCCAGCCCCAUGGACGGAGGACUUCGCCAACGUGUUUGCUACAGCAGAGAAGCAUUUUGGAGGCAUUGACAUAUUGGUCAACAAUGCUGGUAUUCAGAAUGGAAAGCCCAUUAUGGAUACAUCUGAGGAGGAGUGGAAUACAGUCAUUGAUGUCAAUCUUACUUCUGUGUUUCGAAGCAUCAAGCUGGUUGUUCCAUAUAUGCGAAGGAGAGGUGGCGGUUCAAUUGUAAACAUCUCUUCCAUAUUUGCAGUAGUUGGAUCCCCAGGCUAUGCUGCAUAUCAUGCAUCGAAGGGAGGUGUAUCGUCUCUCACUCGAGCAGCUUCCAUCAGCCUAAUAAAAGAAGGAAUACGAGUAAAUGCAGUGUGCCCCGGCACAACCGACACACCCGGCUUGCUCGCUGGGGUCCUUGAGAUCUGCGGUGAUAAGGAUCCUCAAGAGCUGCUGAAGAGUUUCCACGCAAAGCAACAACUCGGACGGUUUGCACGUGCUGAAGAGAUUGCAAACGUUGUUGCAUUUGUCGCCAGUGAUGAAGCAAGCUACGUUGUCGGAGCAGAGCUCGUGGUUGAUGGUGCUUACACAGUUGUCUGACUGUUUGACAGCCAGGGAUAGGUACACUCUUUCUGGGUCAUCAUAUCCCUCGCAGCGUAGGCAUUCUUUUUGCCUGUAUUGAAUGAAAGAUUAGCAAUCUUGACUUGUCAAAUUGAAUAGGUUUUGUCUUGGAACUCGAAAGCAGCAUCUAUCGGUUUGGAUCCCACCCACCUACCUACCUACCUAUUUACCUACCAACCUACCUACCAACCUACCUACCCACCCACCUCUCGAGAUACCGGCCUCUGCAGAAUAUAGUGCAUGCUGACGAUUCUGACAGCAGCAUGGAAUGUAAGUGUCGGACUACAUUUGUAGUCGUUUGUUUGAGUAGUUUGGAAGGAAGGUUGGGAUAGGCUUCUCUGUGCGUUUGUAUACAGUUUCUUGAAAGCGGACUAUACCUACCCAGACGCACACGCAUGAACGGACCUACAUGCCCUCCUGAUGAGCUGCUCACCCACCUACCCACUUAUGUGCCUACUAAUUCCCUACCUUCCUCCGCAGCAAAAAAGGAAUGGCAUAAGCCAUAAUUC